GUCGUUGCGCAUGUCGAGUCGCCCCGAGUCGCAGACAGACAGUUCGACUCUUUGAUUGGUCGCACCGGGGCUGCGACGUCGGUUUGUGUUAUUUUCCUUUCGGAUCGCCGGCCUUUGGUCUUCCGUCGCCGAGAGAAGGCGGCUCGCCGUGCGUUAUAAAUGUUCUUCCUGGAGGAGGGGUCCGCCCUGUGGAGCGAGGUAUCGGGCUGGAGGCUCGUCAUGCUGCUGGUGGUCGGGGCCUUUAUCGUCGCUUUCGUCCUGCUGCUGUACAUGGUGUCGCCGCUGAUCAGCCCCAAGCCGCUGAAACUGAGCGGCUCGCACGUUGUGGUAACUGGAGGGUCAAGUGGUAUCGGUAAAAGCAUUGCCAUUGAAUGCUUCAAGCAUGGCGCUUUUAUAACUUUGGUGGCUCGGGAUGAGACCAAGCUGCUGCGAGCAAAGAAGGAAAUUGAGAAAUAUUCAAUUAAUGAUAAACAGGUGGUUUUAUGCAUAUCGGUUGAUGUCUCAAAAGGCUAUGGACAAGUGCAGAGUGUGAUAAAACAAGCACAGGAGAAGCUGGGGCCAGUGGACAUGCUGAUAAACUGUGCUGGAACAUCUGUUGCUGCAAAGUUUGAAGAUGUUGACAUCGGCAUUUUCAGAAGGUUAAUGGAGAUCAAUUAUCUGGGUAGUGUUUAUCCCACCCGAGCUGUCAUUCACACCAUGAAGGAAAGAAGAAUGGGAAGGGUAGUCUUUGUGUCAUCCCAGGCAGGACAAGUCGGGUUAUUUGGAUACACCGCCUAUUCUCCAUCCAAAUUUGCUCUUCGUGGAUUAGCUGAAUCACUGCAAAUGGAGGUGAAGCCAUAUAAUAUCUACAUCACAGUUGCGUACCCUCCUGACACAGACACACCUGGAUUUCAGGAGGAGAAUAGAGACAAGCCUUUGGAGACACAAAUGAUUUCUGAGACAUCAGGGCUAUGUCAACCAGAUCAAGUGGCAAAGAUUAUUGUAAAAGAUGCUGUGCAAGGAAAUUUUAACAGCUCAGUCGGUUCUGAUGGAUACAUGUUGUCUUCUCUCACCUGUGGUAUGUCUCCUGUCACCACUAUUACAGAAGGUCUUCAGCAGAUCUUCACCAUGGGUCUUUUCCGUACAAUUGCUCUGUUUUAUUUGGGAAGCUUCGACAGCAUAGUACGCCGCUGUAUGAUGCAGCAAGGAAAGUGUGAAGCUCUGGAAAAGAAGGAUGAUUGACCUCCAUUUGACAUGGUGCCCAGUGAUCAGACUUUUAAAAGUUGAACGAUCGAAGGAGAUGUUCCGGUGAAAAAUAAUUUUAUUCCUCGUCUCAGUGGCAUCAGGCAUUGGUUGUGGAUUGUGGCAGAAAAUCCCAUAAAAUGGAAGCUAAUGUAAUAGUUAUGUGGGUCUGAUGCUUAAAAUGGGGAUUUCCAUAUAAUUUAUAACUCCGGUAUGGACUGGCAGGAGUGCAUGUGAAAGAUUUACAAAUCAUCAAGUGUCUAUUUUUUAAUGUAUUGUCUGAUGCACACUACUUUUGUAAGUAAUCAACUUCCCUUGAUUGGAGUAAGUUAACAUCUUUUUAAAAUUCAUUUCUACACUGUUUGCAUUCAGUGUUUCACUGGAAUCUGCAAAAAUAUAUUUUUUCUGGUCUCACAACCUGUUCAUCUGGCUUUAAACAUCUGUGUCACACAUUAAAAAUGAAUCCCUUCUUUGUUUAUAAAUGCCUCAGUAUGUAGUUUUGGAAAUCGCAUUUCUUCAGGUGUCCAGACUGAGGCAUUCAUCUAACGUCCCCUAUUUGUAUUUGGUCAAAAGCCUAAUGCGGAAAAAUCAAUGCAAGUCUUAACCUCGUGAUUUAAAUACUAAGAUUCACUAAGCACUACUUUGUUAUGUUAAAAAAUUGAAUAAAAUACUUUCUAUAGGAGCUUUGCUAUCCUGUCAGGUAAUGACAUGUGAUGCAUCACACUAAUUUGCGGAAUAAUUUAUUUAGUUUUUAAUAUUGUUUACAGUCUUAAGUUCUCUAGUCACUUUGGGGAAAAAAAAUUAGAGAUGAGAUUUUUCCUCCCUGAUCUAAAUAAUGCAAUAGAAUCUUCUGGAAUACUAUAGUGAUACCUCUGGACUGGUAUUUGAACCCAUAACCGACUGGGGUGUGAAAGCUGCAGCUGACUAGAGGAUGAUACAAGAGUGAUCACCUUUUAAAGCAUCCUAUAGCAAAUUCUGUAUCACCAAACUAGUUUUAUUUAAAAUUUAUUCAGUUCUAAUAGAUCAACUAUCUAAUCAGUAGUGUAUUUUAAUUGGAAUUUUUUGUAACUUGACCAGCAUAGCUAUGGGAUAUUUAUUGUAUUAAGCCCAUAAGAUAUAAGACCAGAAUUAGGCUGUUCAGCCCAUCGAGUCUGCUCCACCAUUCCAUCAUGGCUGAUUUAUUGUCCCUCUUAACCCCAAUCUCCCCACAACCUUUGAUGCCCUUCCUAAUCAAGAACGUAUCAACCUCCAUUUGAAAUACAGUGGAUUUUGGUUAAUUGGGACACAUCGGGGCCAGUACAUUCUGGCCCAAUUAAGUGGCUGCCCCAGUUAGUCGAAGCUUCAUGAAAGUAGUUUUAAGAGGUAUCAAAAAGGCAAACUGCCAUUUAACUGAGUAACAAAUUAUGUAUUUAAAUGAUAAACAGAACAAAUUAGAACAUUACCAAUACUACUACAGUGCUAUAAAACUUAUAUUAGUUCCUAGUAGUUAUUGGCGGAAGCAUUAAACUAGUAUACGCUGCUGAGUUCUUUUGAUUGACUGUAAGUGAGUAAAAUCAGUGUAGACGCCUAGUAUAGAUAAUGGAUUGCCUCACUAUCAUUUCGAUGACUGCAUCCUCUAAAUCAUUAUUUACAUUGAAGAUAAUUGUGGAUAACUUUAAAUUCUUCAUAGUUCCUAACUUGUUGAGGUAGUAUAAUCAUUUCAUUUUCACUCCCGGCUGUUUCUGGCAUUUCCAAGCCUAAUUGAUUGAAACCACAAUGAGCAAAACACUUCUCAAUUGUCUUGCUUCUUAUCACCAACCAUCAGUGUCAAAAUUCACUGCUUUUUAAAUACACAGACAAGUAACGCUAUUUAAAAACCUUUCACUCAAGGCACUGUGUAGUGUCUAAGGCCGCACAAAGGCACGCAGCAGAUGCUAGUUAGAAACUGUUCAGCAACAGUUUCUUGCCCCAAUUAAGUGGCAUAGUGUCCCAAAUAAACAAAGGAAAUCCCAGCUAUUUUCUCAAUUAAUUUUCAUUCUUUAAGAAUUGGUCCAAGUAAGUGGUUGCCCCAAUUUACCAAUGAUACAUUCUGGAUUAGGAAGGGCAUCAAAGGUUAUGGGGAGAAGGGAGGAGAAUGAGGUUGAGAGGGAUAAUAAGUAGGCCAUGAUGGAAUGGUGGAGCAGAUGCAAUGGGCUGAAUGGCCUAAUUCUGCUCCUGUGCCCACUGUACACCCAAUGUCUUGGCCUGCACAGCCAUCUGUGGCCAUGAUAGCCACAGAUACACCACCCUCUGGCUAAGGAAAUCAUUGGUGAAGAUCUAAAUUUUUCAAAACCCUUAUUAAAUAUAAAAUGAAGCAUUUCAGUUUUAUAUAGUUUUGAAAAAAUGAGAACUCUUAAGUUAUCAAAAUUAGAAAGCCUGCAUUGGUUCACAGACAUUACUUUGUUUUAGAAUUUUAAAGAAUUCUGCAGUAUUUUACUUCUAAUACAGACGUCUCUCUGGGGCAUCUGUCACAGGCACAAGUUUCAAGACUAAUGCUUCAAAGGUUGUAACACUAACAGAACCCUGUUAGUUUUGUUUUAACUCAUUGGUUGGGAGUGUAUGUUCUGUUGUACUGUUAUCAGGAAUGGGUUGGGGCUUCUUCAGCCUCAUUUACAGUACCAGGAGUAAAUCUUUACAUGAUGUUUCUUCAGUGCUAGGUUAUAUUCAGCUGUUGGAGCACUUGCUUAAUUUUAGCAACAUUUGAAUUGUUUUAGUGACAUUUACAGGAAGUUGUUUCCUGCUUGGCAGAGCUUGCAGCCACACCUCCAACAGUGCAGCAUCAUCAACCACGGGUUACCAUCUCUCUCCCUUGGCCCUGCAUAUCUCCUGGUGGCAGAACAGUGGUAGGGAUGUCUCCCUGCCACCCCCUGCAGAUUCCAUUGGGGUUAGUCCCCAAAUGUCUGCCCUUCCUCUUCAGCCACAGCCGAAAGCUCCCUUCUUCUGCCUCUCCAGCCAACUCUCUGGCGGCCCUCCUGAGCUUCAGUUAAGUCACUGCCGUAUCACCGAGUAGCCUUGUCAGCCAUGCGCCGAUGAAGCCCCAGAAACCUACCUCCACGGGGCAGAUGAUGGUCCUCCAGCCAGCUUCCUUACACUCAGCUGCCAGGUCUGAGUACUUCAGUUCUUCUGCUCGUGGGCAGCCUCCACUCCUUCCUCCCACGGGAUGGUUAAACUCAAUCAUGAGGACUGUCUUGGUUGCCGUGGACCACAGUACUAUGGGUGGAGAGAUUUCCCUGGGGAACUGUAGCUAUCUGCAGAGAUCUGCCCUCAUGUUCCUCUCCUUGCCUGUGGAGAGGAGUCCUGAGGGAGAUCUUGGGCAGGUGCAUUCAGCACUCUUACCAGCCUAAACAAAUGGGAUGAGUUGUUGUGGAAAGGCUGCUCCUCGCAUCUUGCCUGCAGGUCUCUAGGAUCUCCUCCAGCUUCUUUAGGACCUGGUUGAGCUGCCUUCUGUCGUGUCCUUGGGACAGCACAGUCUUGCAUUUUGCCAGGGUGUGUUGGAGGUUGGUAUUGGUGGUAUCACACAAGGGGCAGUUAUCCUCACUGCUGAACCACUGGUGGAGGGUUCGGGGGCAGGGCAAGGUGUCAUGGGUUGAUGAGGAGGCUGAGUCUGGUUUGUGGGAUCUUCCACAGGUGAGAGCAGCUGUUAAUGGUGCCCGCCCAUGUUGUCCAUGGAGGCCCUGUGCUCCUGCUCUGUCCUUGUCACCUCCUCUAUUUCUAUGAGGCCUUGGACCAGAAACGUGCCAUCUUCCCUCAGCCAACUCUUGCUUGUCCAGCCUGCUGAUGGCCUGGUCGACUACAGUCUGAGCUUUCCAGUUAUGUCCUGUGCGGAUUGUGGCUUUGUCACUCCUCCCCAGCGGGUCGAUGGACUCUCUCAGCUGAACGACCAGUGGGGAUUCCUCCCCCUUGCACCCAGACUGAUGGAUCUCUGUGGCAGCUGCAGCAUAAGACCAUAAGAAUCAGGAGCAGAAGUAUGCCAUUCAGCCCAUCGAGUCUGCUCCGCCAUUCAUUCAGAGGUUGAUCCAAUUCUUCCAGUCAUUCCCACUCCCCCGCCUUCACCCCAUACUCUUUGAUGCCCUGGCUAAUCAAGAACCUCUCUAUCUCUGCCUUAAAUGCACCUAAUGACUUCGCCUCCACAGCCGCUCGAGGCAACAAAUUCCACAGAUUUACCACCCUCUGACUAAUUUCUCUGCAAAUCUGUUCUAAAUGGAUGUCCUUCAAUCCUGAAGUUGUGCCCGCUUGUCCUGGUCUCCCCUACCAUGGGAAAUAACUUUGCCAUAUCUAAUCUGUUCAGGCCUUUUAACAUUCGGAAUAUUUCUAUGAGAUUCCCCUUCAAUCUCCUGAACUCCAGGGAAUACAACCCAAGAACUACCAGACAUUCCUCAUACAGUAACCCUUUCAUUCCUGGAGUCAUUCUCAUGAAUCUUCUCUGAACCUUCUCCAAUGUCAGUGUAUCCUUUCUAAAAUAAGGAGCCCAAACUGCACACAAUACUCCCAAGUGCGGUCUCACAAGUGCCUUAUAGAGCCUCAAUAUCUCAUCCCUGCUGUUAUAUUCUUAACCUCUAAAAUGAAUGCCAACAUUGCAUUUGCCUUCUUCACCACUGACAGCCUGGAGGUUAACCUUUAGAGUGCCCUGCAUAAGGACUCCCAAGUCUCUUUGCAUCUCUGUAUUUUGAAUUCUCUCCCCAUCUUAAUAAUAUUCUACCUGUUUAUUUCUCCCACCAAAGUGCAUGACCAUACACUUUCCAACAAUGUAUUUCAUUUGCCAGUUCUUUGCCCGUUCCCCUAAACUAUCAAAGUCUCUCUGCAGUCUCUCUGUUUCCUCAACACUCCCCGUUCCUCUACCUAUCUUUGUAUCAUCAGCAAACUUAGCCACAAAUCCAUUAAUACUGUAGUCUAAAUCAUUGACAUACAGUGUAAAAAGCAGUGGUCCCAACACUGAUCCCUGUGGAACUCCACUGGUAACUAGCAGCCAGCCAGAAUAAGAUCCCUUUAUUCCCACUCUGUUUUAUGCCGAUCAGCCAAUGGUCCACCCAUGCUAUUAACUCCCCUGUAAUUCCACGGGCUCUUACCUUACUAAGCAGCCUCGUGUGUGGCACCUUGUCAAAGGCCUUCUGAAAUUCCAAGUACACCAUAUCUACUACAUCUCCUUUGUCUACCCUGCUUGUAAUUUCCUCAAAAAAAUUGCAGUAGAUUAGUCAGGCAGGAUUUUCCUUUCAGGAAACCAUGCUGGCUUUGGCCUAACUUGUCAUGUGCCUCCAGAUACUCCGUAAUCUCAGCCCUAACAGUCCAUUCCAACAAUUUCCCAACCACUGAUGUCAGGAUAACAGGUCUAUAGUUUACUUUCUACUGCCUCCCACUCUUCUUAAAUAGCGGAGUAACAUCUGCAAUUUUCUAAUCAUCCAGUUCAAUGCCAGAAUCUAUUGAUUCUUGAAGGAUCAUCGUUAAUGCCUCCACAAUCUUUCCAGCUACUUCCUUCAGAACCCGAGGAUGCAUUCCAUCAGGUCCAGGAGAUUUAUCCACCCUCAGACCAUUAAGCUUCAUGAGCACCUUCUCAGUCCUUUUUUUUCUGCACAUACUUCACUUUCCUGACACUCUUGAAUGUCCGGUAGACUGCAGAUGUCUUCCAUUGUGAAGACUGAUGCAAAAUAUACAUUCAGUAUUUUGUUAUUUUGUUCUUCUGUCUCUGUCUCGGAUUCCGUCUGUCUCCUUCGCUUACAAAUGCAUUCUGCCCUUUUGCAGCCUGGCCACUUCGUUUCAAACAGCUUCAAGCACACCUUCUCCUCCUGUGUUGCUUUCUUCCAGUUCUUCCGCAGCUGGAGUCACCUUCGUACGAGCUGCUUUAUGUCUUUCUCCCUUCUUCCCUUUUCUCUUGGAGUAGCAACUCGCUUGACAGCAACUUCGCCAAAUCUAUCUCUACAGAGGAAGUCUCCAAGUGAGUUGAUCUUGUCUUCCUCUUGGCUGUUUAAAGUGUGCUCUUGGAUCGCACUGAGGUCAACGUCCAGCCUCUGCCACUCGGCCACUUUAUCUCGUGCCUCCUUCCUGGUUUCUUCCUCUUGGCUUUGCGGUGUGGCUCCACAGCUUGUGGGGGGGGGGGGGGAGAUGUCAGGUGUGUUUGUGUGCUCACAUCUUAGGUGGGUGGGGGGGGUUAUGCUCCAUUGAUGGGCCUUCCUCCCCUACCAGUAAAUCACCUCCAGAAAUGUUGGUCCUUCAGCUCUGUGGUUUUCUCUCUGGCUCUGGGUCCCUCUUGUCUGAUGGACUGCAACAGUGUAAGGUUGCUGUUGGCCUUUCUCACUGCAUUUCAUUCUCCCCUGAUGGAUUCAUAGCCCCCCGUGUGUCAUCACAUUCUCCCAUCCACACCUGCACUUUUGAAGGGUCUAAAUUUGUUGCGAUCAUUGUCAUGUUAAGCCAUCCUUUUGGGCUCAUCUUUCAUCCCACCUCUCGGAGGGCAUCAAGCUGUCUUCACUUAUACCUCUUCAUAGUCAUUGAUAGGUUUCUCUGCUACAAGAGACUAUUGGGUUGGGUGUCUAACUCCUAAUGAAGACUUUCCUUCACUCAUCCAGUCUUUCCUGGACUCCAACUGCCCUUUCACAUUAGUCAUUGGAUACCUGAAGUUUCAAUAAGAUGUACAGGAAGAUGUUUCCUGCUUGGCAUUGCUGCCUGCCACACUUCCAACAAUGCCCUCAGGUCAUCAGCCACAGAUUACCGUUCGUUGAUGUUUCAUUCCCUUAGCCCUGGCACAUCUGCUGGUGGCAGAGCAGGGGAAAGGGUGCCUCCCAUCACCCCCUCCAGCUUUUUGAUAGUCAAAGGGCAAUUAUAGUUUUUAAUCUUCUGAUUUCCCCUCUUUUUCACUACUAUAAAACUGUAAGGUUGAGGGGUAAGAGAUUUAAAAACUAAAUUCUUUGCCUUCCUAAAUGGCAAGAUUAUCAGUUAUUGCCCAUUGAUAAUUAAUCAUGAGAAUACGAUGGUCACUCGCAACUUCAAAUAAUUGGAAGAUCCUGUGGUGCUUCCUAGUUGUAGGUUCCAGGGAUCUGUCCCAGUGAGCUAUAGAAUGUAACCACUGAAUGCUGAACUUUCCAAGGAGCUCCAGAUCAAACCGAGCAUGCAAUCUUAUUACCUUGUAAUCUGAAGGAAGGUCACUGAGGCAGCCGGAGAUGGUGGGUUCUAGGACAUUGCAAAGCAAGCCAGGCAUUUGCGUUCUAUCUAGAAGAUACUUGGCCUCUAACGAUGAUAGCCCCCUUCCAUUGUGUAAAUAUAAUUCCAUCCAGUGGAAUUUACCCCAAAUUCAUUAACUGCAGCUUUCUGAGGCCUCUGUGAUGCCACAUUUGGUCACAUCUGGAAUUUGCCUCUUUGGUUUGCUUAUGGAAUAGAGUUGAGGGUUGCCAAACUUUCAGGUGACUUGCUUACAGUUAAGGUGGUGCAACAUUGUGCUUUGCCAUACGACGCAAAGGAAUCAUUUUUUUCUGACAGUUUGAUAAUCCCGUAACCCACAUUUUCAAUUACUUCGAAAGUAAGGAGAGAAAACACUAGCUAGAUUAAUAAUCAUAAAAUCCUUGCAGAAUCACUGCUGCAUUCUUGUCUCAUCACAGCUUUUCACAACAACUAGACUUCUAACAAAUCUGCCAAAAAUUCUGUAGUUCAUACAACAAGCAAAUGUUUUACAUUGACAGAUAAAUAUGUUCAUAAACUUGUUAGCUGUAUUUUGAUCAUCCUUGGUUUGGCCAACACUACUUGAACAAUGUCCUUUUUACAUGGGGAAUGGCAGGACUGGAAUUAUUAGAUGGUGUCCUUUUCCACCUUGGAUCUUGAGCAUUGUACAUACCUUGCUGGAGGAACUGGGCAGGUCAAGCAGCAUCUGUGGAGGCAAAGCAAUAGAUGACAUUUUAGGUUGAAACGCUGCAUCAGUCCUAAAUGACAGCUAUCCUUUUGCCUCCACUAAUGCCAUUUGACCUGUCUGACUUACUCAGGCAGCUUGUUUCAUGUUCUGGUUUCCUGAAUCUACAGUUCCUUGUGACCCCAUGUAAUCUUGGACCUUGCCAGUUAGUAGCACAAUAGUAAAUAUUUCCUUCUCCUGGAAGACUUUCAGUUGUUCUUGCCCAUUGAUAGUGCUGCACAACUACUGAUAAUGUCUUAGAGAAUGGUCUCCAGAGAAGACCAGAAGAGCAUGAAUCUAUAUGGCAAAUCCAUUGGAGAUGAACCAGAACAUAUACAUCUCUCUCCAUACCUCUCGACCAGGUUCCCAACCAUUUUUUAUUCCAUGGACCCCUACCAUUAACCAAAGGGCCCAUGUCCCCAGGUUGGAAACUGCAGCUCUAGAUAAUUAUAGAGCAGCAAUUUAAGUUAUUGUUUCCAUGAUCUUUUUUUAUGUCAUAAUCUUAAAUUAUCUUUUAUUACAAAGUUAUGGGUCUCUUUUAAGCAAAUGGUACAAUGUUAUGUGCCAUUGAGUCUUCUAUUUGUGGCAUUCCUUUUCCUGCCAAUCUAUCUUUAAUCGAAUUAACAUUUCUAUUUAAGGAUUAAAAUAUGCUAAAGAAAAAAAUUCCACACUUGGGUCUAGAUCAUCUUACGAUGAGAAAGCUGUGGUGAUGAAUAAAUAGAAAGAAUUUUAAUUAAUAAGAUUCUUAAAGUUAAUCUUAUAAAUUGUCUUCAGUAUCAGGGAACUAAGAUUAGUGGCUGUUCUGUAGUCAUGAAACACAGGCACUUCUACUCUUGUUUUCUUUACCUUUUUUUUUAAAGGGGAAUAAUUUUAAGGCUGUCCUAAGAACACCUCUCUAGGAAAAGCAUUUAGAUUGUCCUCUUAAAGCAUUCAAACACGUUGACUUAAUCCACGGUUCCACAUGUAUUAAGAUACAGCAGUUGGAACCCACUGUGGUCUUCUGCUGCUGUGACCUAUCCACUUCAACGUUUUAUGUGCUGUAUUAUACACCUGCACACCUGCCCACUAAAGCAAAUAUCUGAUCAGCCAAUCAAAUGUAAGCAACUCAUAAAAGCAUGUAGACAUGGUCAAGAGAUUCAGUUGUUGUUGAGACCAAGAAUCAGAAUGAGGAAGAAACAUGAUCUAAGUAACUUUGACUGUGAAAUGUUCCAGAUGCAAUGGUUUGAGUAUCUCAGACACUGCUGAUCUCCUGGGAUUUUCAUGCACAACAAUCUCUAGAGUUUAUAUAAAAUGGUGCGAAAAGCAAAAAGCACCCAGUGAGUAGCAGUUCAGUGGGUGAAAACACAUUAUAAUUGAGAGAGUUCAGAGGAGAAUGGCCCAAGACUGGCUCAAGCUGAUAGGGAGGCGACAAUAGCUCAAAUAACUACGCAUUAUAACAGUGGUGUGCAGAAGGGUAUCUCUGGCCUUGAAGUGGAUGGGCUACAGCAGCAGAAGACUACAUCAACUUCCACGCCAGUGUCUAAUGAAGUGGCCACUAAGUGUAUCUUCAAUUAGAAGAUUAUGGAAGUGGGCACUUCUACUUUGCAUACACUUGAUAAUUCAUUCUGGCAAGAAUUUUAAUGUGAACAGUAUUCUUCUUCUGUUAAAUCAUUAAGAUGUAAAACAAAUGCGCCAUCAGUCGUUUUUUCCAUAGAAUACUCAUUUAAGAGCAGCUUCCCCUGAGGUUGCACAGCUUUGACUAUUGAGAAAUGCCACUCUGGAUAAGAUGCUAGAUUGCUUUUUCUGUAUGAUGUGUCAAGUGUAAAUGUAAUGAUGGCAAAGCAGCAACCUUUCCUCAUACAGUAAUUCUCAAAUAACAUUAGAAGUGUCUAUAUUUGCUGAACUAUUCAAUAUUUAAAGUUAAGUUUCUUCCUUUCCCCAUACUGUGAAUUAUUCAGCCUCUGAGAACAGGAUCAUCAAUUUUUUCUGUUAUAAAUAAUCCAUAAAUAGCAUUUUAUACUUGGUUAUUUUCAAGAUACAAACAUUUUUUUGGGUAAGUCACGGAUCUUGCUUAUCAUUGAGGCAGAAGUUAUUACGUGUAGUUUUAGAAAUAUGCUCAAUUAUUCCCUGUUGGAUAUGUUAUCGAGCAAUACAUUUUCUUCAGACACCUAGUGACUUCCAAAUGUAGAUUUUCUACUGAUGCCACAUUUGAGAGUACUAUAUAACUCUUUCCCUUUGAUGCACUGAAGAGAUUCUUCUGAGUCUUGGGGUUUUCAAAAUAACUUGGCCAAUCCAUGGAGAUGUAUGUGGCAGACUUACUCAUUUUCCCAGUGUGAAACAAAGGUGAAUAUAUAAAAUAUAUCUGUAGCAGAAAUGACAAUUUUUAAAUUAAAUCAUACUGCUGCAAAUGGAGUGUUUGUUUAUUGUUAUAGAAAAAUAUGUUGUGCCUGGUGACACAAACCCAAUACUGCAGAAUUCCCAUUGAUUUCACAAUGAUCUCAAACCUAGGGACCCUUUUUUUAUUAUUAUUCUAGGCCUGUUAUUUCCUCCUCGUUUCCUAGGUUACUGCCAUGGCAUGUGAUUCGCUCCAAAGGCUCCCAUGGUACACAUUUACCAGCUCUGAUAGUGCCCCACACUGAACUUUCCUUCCUCAGAGUCUCCGGCAGUGAACUUCCAAAGAUGACCCGCCAGUGAUUUGGGAUAUCACUAGAGGAAAAAUGAAGAGGGAGGAAUUGUACUUAAACCCCCUUUGCUCCAUGAUAUUUGUGUACCAAAGUAUAGUUUAAAUCUAUUUUGGCUCCCCAUUUCCUUGUAUAUUUAUAAAAUAUGUGUAGUGGUGUAAAAUAGCAGUUCUGAUGGUUAGUAUUCCCAGAGAAAAUCCGAGCAAAAAAUCUUAGCUACUGUAGACCUCACUAGUAACUGACAGCUACCCUGAAUAUUUUUGUAUUGUUAUAAAAAUAGAUUUCAUUUAUGUUAUUGCUGGUAACAUUUUACUGCUAAUGGUGUUCUUGCUGUUCAAAUUAAAACUCUGGAUGUUCACUAUCUUGUGAUAAUUAAAUUAUUUAAUCUUUGUCAAUUUAGAUUUUUAAGUCCUAUUUUAUUUUUACUAUUCAUGAAUAAAGCUUGCUGUUUAGAAGCACAAGAAAGAGCCUUUAAGCCAUACUCAUAAAGGUAUUUGUAGUUAUUAAAUUUUGAUUCACCCAUGACUGUUAGAUUUUUAAAGUUUGUAUUAAAGCAUUACAAUUGGAAGAUUAAUUGGUAUCCUGUGUGUAUUAGUUCUGUCUCUAAAUCCUGCCUUCUAAUUCUGUAAUUGCUGUUUGUACUAUGCACUGUUCUAUAGUCUUUUAAUGUUUUCACUUGUUCAUGUUGAAACAGUCUAGCUUUGUCACUUAAAAGUCUUGAAUUAUGGUCCAAUAAAAUAUUUAUUCUUCCACUUAG